AUGAUGUCCUGCAGCCGCCGUCUCACAUCUCUGGUGUCGUCAAUCCCGCGCUUCGCCGCCCGCACUUAUUCUUCGACUGUGCCCCGUCUGCACGAGAACCGCAUGCAACCCAAUGACCCCUCUCCGCCAGCUCCUAAGCCCAAUGUCUCUGCGACCAAUGCCCCCGAGACCCAGUCUGCGCCCAUUGUCGAACUGGUUGAAAUGCGUGCCUACGACUUCAGAGAGCUCCCCGCUGUUGGCGAGCAGAUCCGCAGUGUUCAGGCCCCGAACCGACCUACCACCUGGGCGGCCAGCCAGCAGCCCCGCGAGAAGGCCAUGACUGGACCUCGUUUUGAGCAGACUAUUAUGGAGACUCAGCCCCGGCCCCUUGCUGCCAUUGAGCUCAUUCACAAGCAACCCGUGCGGUGGACCAAGUCCAAGGUUGUCAGCUGUGACGGUGGUGGUGGUCCCCUUGGUCACCCCAAGGUUUUCAUCAAUACCGACAAGCCCGAGAUCGCGACUUGCGGAUACUGCGGUCUUCCCUUCGCCCAAGAAAAGCACAAGGCUUACCUCAAGUCUUUGCCCGCCACCAGCUACCCCCUCGAGCCCACCGGCGACGUGGCUGAGGUGAACGAGACCCAGCGCGUUUCUCCCGCCACUGGCGGUUUGGAGCAGCGGUAG